UCUUCAUGUAUUCGCCCAAGCAGACUCGGCCGUGUUGUUUUAAUUGCGGCUCUCUCGAACAGCUUGGUCCAAACUUUUGCGGGCUUUCGCAUAAAGAUCUUUGACCGAUUCAAGAUCUUUAAUAUUAAUGGGGCGCCCCAGAAUCACUCGAAUGUUUUGCAUAUAACCUUCGUAUUUUGAUGUCAUUUGCCAAAACACUGUAGCUGACGCUUUGGCAUUAAUGCAUCUUAAGGUCAACUUAUUUAAAUAGUCAACUAUUUGUCGAAUUUCAUGGAAAUCUUCGUACUUCUACGCCAGCGUUUCUUUUUCUCCAGUGGAAUUAAAAUUUCCUUCUUGUCGCUAAAAAAUUAUUAAGGCAUUGUUAGAUAAUAAUAUACAUUUAUGAGAAAUAAAAAUGUUAAUUCAGCAGCUCACUUUUUUGCAAUAGUAUGCUAAAUCCUGAUCCGUCUUUCUGUGUGCAUAUAUUUGCAUGUUGAUGUCGUGAUGGAGGUGCCACAAAUCAGUUAUUUCGUCAUUAUCCAGACUGGGUAGUCCAAAGUUUUCAACUUUCGUCAUCAUUUCGUAAUAAAAUGACUUGCUGGAAUUCAAGCAAUUUUCCAGAAUUGAUAUCUGUAAAAAUAAAACAAUUGUUUAAAAUUAUACAUUUCUUGGAGCGCUCCACAAUUAUAUUUUAUAAAUAAUCACUUACAGGGAAAUCCCGAAGGCUUGUAGAUUUACCAACUGAAUUUUUCAUUCCACUUGAACCAGAAAUCUGACUUUCUUUGUAUAUGCGCUUACAAAGACGGCUUAUCUUGUAUUCGUCGUCCUUUGAAACUUUAGCUGUGCAGCCCUGCCUAUGAUGACCAAUUUUUCCACACCGAUAACAACAAUCGGUUUCCAUAUUUAACUAGUAACUACCUUGAAAUUAUUUUUCAAUCAAAAUAAAUGCUCAAGGAGCAAAAUAAUGUGAAUUAACAGCAGUAAAUAAAUAGUAAAUAAAUAGUGAGAAAAAUAAGAAAAAAUACCAACUGGAAAUGGCGCUGUUUUAGCGCACUUUAUGUUGUCUCAUGUCAUUCCAAACAAAAAAUUAUGACCCGGGCUUUUCAUGGGCUUUUUGAAAAAGCCCGAGCCCGACCGAAAAAAAGCCCGCCCAGGCUCGGCCCAUCCAUGUAUGUCUAAUAAAAAGCCCGGCCCGCCCAAGCCCGUAAAAUUUUGAUUUAUCAAAAGCUCGGCCCGCAAAAAGCCCUGUGGGCCUGGGCGGUCCCGGGCUAGCCCGAUAAAAGCCCAAGCUCUGCUCACCUCUACAAAGCAGCUGACAGCUGAUGGAACCCGGCUAAAAAACGCUCAACUUUCACUUUCACUCCUCUCAAAAAUUUUGAGACGAGCGAAAAAACAAAUCUCAAGCUCUAAAUCACCUGUUUUCGCUCUGAGGAAUUUUUUGUUUGUGAACAAAAUUAAAUCAUAGUAUUCUUAAAAAAAUGGAUAAUCCUCAAAAUCUCGGUGCUUGUUACCUAUGUGGUGUAUCCGACCAGGAAAUUGUUUCCAUAAAAGUGGAAUAUUCUAAUUAUAUUUGCGAACUUUUAGGAAAGAACGACAUUUUCCUACAAAAUUUACCCCUUCAUAACGCAGUAGAGCAAAUUUCAAGUUGGAAUAAUUGUUUCCACUGUUUAAGAUUAAUUUCUGAGUUGAAUCUCGUAUUAACGAAGCAAGGCGAACUUGUGGAACAGAUUAAGAAAAGGAUUAAGAAAGAAACAAAAAGAAAAGCUGAUCUGGUCAAACUCGCUAAAACCAAGGAAGAAGAGGAGAAAUAUGAAUCCGAACCUGAAAUGGAAUCCGAAGAAUUCUUUUGCAAAAUCGAAGUCGAUCCUGACCCUGCAGCAGACGACGAAGAGGACGACAACGAUACCUUCGUCCUCCAAACCUUCGACCCUCCACCUCCUUCACCUCCCAAAGAGGACGCGAUAAGUCUCUCUCCCCUCCCACCCUUCCAAUUUCACCAACCCCGAAACAAAGGACCCCCUCAGCCCCAAGCGUGCCCCAUUUGCAACAAAGUAUUCCGCGGUGGUCACCCCAAAUCCCGUCUCCGCCUCCAUGUCGACCACGUCCACGGCAAGGUGAAACCCUUCCCAUGUCCCUACUGCGAUUUCGCUACCACCGGGAAAAAUAUGUGGGUCACCCACCUCCUAAAAAAACAUGAAACCCUCGAGCCCUCAAAACCCUUGGCGUGCCCCCACUGCCCAAUAACUUUCGCCAUUUCCCAACUCUACUCUCGCCAUGUUGAAAACCACACCAACCUUGACUUUCCCCAUUUCUGCCUAAAUUGUGACACCCGGUUCCAAGGCAGGGAUCAGCUCGACCACCACAACCGCGUGUCAUGCCCCCUGCUCCAACAAGCCAAACGAAUCCGGCAACCACUUCCCUGUCCGGUGUGCGAGGUCACCUUCUUUACCGAGGUCAAACUCUCCACCCACCAACGAACUCAACACCCUGAACUACUGACCUUUAUCUGCCCCACGUGUUCCUCCUCCCACAUGGCUGAGUCACACCUCACCACCCACGCCCAACUCCAUGACGACAGCCUCGAGUCCUACCCCUGCCUCGUCUGCCGUAGAGUGGAAUUCAAGCUAAAAGACGACCUCAGCCUCCACCUGUCCUCAACUCACACGGGGGAAGAAACCGUGCCCUGCGACCUGGCUGGAUGUCCCAUCCGGUUCUCCAGCAUUGCCACAAAGUUACAACAUAUGGGCUCCACCCACAAAGAGGCUGUCUGGAAGUGUCCCACCUGCCAAGAGGGAUUUACCACCUUAUCAGCGAGGACGACGCAUGAAGAGCGGGCCCAUAAAAACCAAGGGGUGGAGUCCUUUCCCUGUGAAGAGGACGGUUGUGGGAAAAUCUUGACCAGUAGAUUAUCGUUAGCGGGGCACGUUUCCCGCGUCCAUAGACGGACUGGGGCCAGAAUGUGUGAGAUUUGUGGGAAGCAGUUGACCACGGUGUCCUCUUAUAAGGACCAUAUAAAGAUCCAUAGUGGGGUGAAGGAUUGGAUUUGUGAAGUUUGUGGGAGGGGGUUUUCAUGCAGGAAGAUUUUAAAAGACCAUCAGGUCACACACACGGGGGAGCGUCCGUUCAAGUGUAAGCUGUGUGAUAAGGCGUAUACACAGAGGCAAGUAUUGACCAGUCAUGUGAGAAAGGUGCAUGGGGGCGAGGGGCUGAAGACUUAGGCAAGACAUAGGAAUGUCUGUCUGUUUGUAUUUAUGUAUUCAUGUGGGUUAACGCAAUUUAUUAAAAUUAACGCAUGGAUUUAUGUAUGUAUGUAUGUAUGUAAGUUGUAUAGUUUUUAAAUGCAUACCCACAUAUUUUUUGGAAAGUCCAAUCACAUAAAUGUUUGAAAAUAAGUACUUUGUGUAAGAUGGACGUAAAUUGUGGAAUUAUUUAUUUAUUUAAUAACAAUUGAAUUAAUUAAUUUUAUAGUUAAUUGAAUUAAUUAAUAAUAGUCGAAUUUUAAGAAA